AUGUCUCUUUUCCCCUUGAAAUACAGAGAAAUCCAUAAAAAAAAGCCAUAUAGACGCCAAAACGCGCCAAAGGCACCUUUUUCCCCCCAAUGGCCAUACCCGCCCGUCUGCCCCAUGCAGAUUUCACAAGAAGCAACCACGGUUAUGACAAACAAGAGGCAGGAAUGCGCCGGUUGUAAGAAAAAGAUAACAGAACGUUAUCUGCUGAAAGCACUUGACCAAUAUUGGCACGAAGACUGCCUCAAGUGUUCCUGUUGUGACUGCCGGUUGGGCGAAGUGGGUUCCACACUCUACACCAAGGCCAACCUCUUGCUCUGUAGGAGAGACUACCUUAGGUUAUUUGGAACAACCGGAUAUUGUUCUGCGUGUUCUAAAAUGAUUCCAGCAUUCGAAUUGGUCAUGCGGGCCAAAAGUAAUGUGUAUCAUUUAGAAUGCUUUGCUUGUCAACAGUGUAAUCACAGAUUCUGCGUUGGAGACCGAUUCUACCUGUGUGAUAACAAAAUCCUGUGUGAAUACGAUUACGAGGAACGUAUGGUGUUCGCCAACAUGAGCUACAACUAUAACGCUCUGUCACAUCUGAAGCGACAAGCCCACAAUCUCAGCGACGAUGUAUCCAGCGGGUAUGGCAGCCCGAGUCCGAACUCCCUCUGA